AUCAUCACAUCGGUCGACCAACCGAGCAGUUCAGUGAACCGUAGAUCGACGUGACGAUGGAUAGCGCCUCAGAUGCUCAUGGGCGUCACAAGUGCGCGGCAUGCUUCCGGCAGUUCAACAAGAUGGAGCACCUGGUGGAGCACAUGCGGGCGGCGCGGCACUCGUCGCACGAGCCCCGCUGCGACAUCUGCCGCAAGCACUGCCGCUCCUUCGAGGCGCUCAGGGACCACCUCGGCGUCGGCGGCUCCACGCUGCCCAAGGCCGCCUACUGCGCCGACGCCUUCGCCGCGCGCGGCUGCACCAUCUGCCUCCGCGUCCUCGCCAGCGCCGCCGCGCUCGGAGCCCACAGCGCGGCGUGCCGGCUCUCGCGCAUCCCACCGCCGAUGAUGUCGAGGGCGCUGCAGCAUCACCAGCUUCCAGCAGCAACGCAGCCGCAUGGAGGAGGAGGAGAAGGAGGCGCGCUGGCGCUGGGCUGCAAGAUGGUCGGCGCCGGGAGCGACGGGUCCCUGGACGUGUGCGCGCGGGUGUGCGUCAUCGACGAGCAGGAGAACAUCCUGUUCGAGGCCUUCGUGAAGCCGCUCCUCCCGGUGACGCACUACCGGUACGAGACGACGGGGAUCCGGCCGGAGCACCUCCGCGACGGCGCGAGCACGACGGUGAAGAACGCGCAGCGGCGGGUGGAGGAGCUGCUGCUCAACGGCGAGCAGCCGUGGAAGGUGCGCACGAGCCGGGGCAGGGCGAGGCUGCUGGUCGGGCACGGCCUGGACCACGACCUCGACGCGCUGGGCAUGGACUACCCGGGCUACCUCAAGCGCGACACGGCCACGUACCCGCCGCUGAUGAAGACGAGCAAGCUCAGCAACUCGCUCAGGUUCCUGACGCACAAGUACCUCGGGUACGACAUCCAGACGGGGCACCAGCACCCCUUCGAGGACUGCGUCGCCGCCAUGCGCCUCUACCGCAGGAUGCGCGGGCAGCAGCAGCACCCCAGGGGCGGCGGCGGCGACGCCGACGCACCGGCGGCGGCGACCGCGGACCAGGCGUUCCCGGCGUGGAGGCAGCGGGAGCUCGAGCGCAUGACGCCUGAGGAGCUCCUUCGGCUCUCCACGCCGGACUACCGCUGCUGGUGCCUCGAUGCGUAGACUUGGACAGCUCCGGCGGCAGAACCAGCCAGACAGACAGACCGAGCGUAUCGUGAUCGCGUUCCAUGACGAUGACGUGGUCCGUGGUCCGUGGUCGUGUAUAGCUAGGAUUCUGCACCGUUCAGACAUUCGUCAGCUCCGGCUCAAACGAAUUUCUGUAGUAUCUAAUCUGUCUACAGCUACUCCAAAAGUACAAUCCACCCGUAUGAUUGAGGGAGAGGGACCUGUGGACUGUGGUGGAUCGGUUCGAUAUAAACGUGUGUAAGAGUAGUAUAUAUGAUACGCCAUGAUUGCAUCUAGGAGUAUCAGUUGAAGUCAGCAUGAAGAGCUUCUCAUCAUGUUUGAUCACAUAUUGUU